CUGGUCCCCUCCUACUUUCCUGACGCAGUGUUCAAACACUAUUGCACUCUUUCCUCGUCUUCCAGCCCUUUCCAUUUCUAUUUAUAAUCAAAAUCUUCGAUUUUUAUUUUCAACUUUCAAUUUUCAAACAUUUCUUAAUCCUUUCCACCUUAUAAAAAUUCUAAAAAAAAAAAAACCAUGACUUCCAAAUAUUUCUUACUCCUUUUCUUGUUUCUCUUUUGUUUCUUUUCUUUCCCAUCUCACGCUCGCUUCAUCACCGGCCGUCCAUCCCCAACCGUUCUCGUUUCCGAUGGAAUCUCCACUGUCAAAAACAACCCACCUUACCUCCUCCUCAAACCGCUGGUUUCGGUGGAGGAAUCGUGUGAACAGACGUAUGGGUUCUUACCCUGUACAACUACGGUGUUGGGAAACUUGUUUUUAAUCAUUGGUUAUGGAUACCUUAUGUUUUUAGCUGCUACUUACUUGUCCAAUGGAAGUGAGCUUUUGCUUCAGAUCCUUGGUCCCGGGGUUGUCGGAGGAUUGUUGUUGCCUAUUCUUGGAGCUCUUCCCGAUGCAAUGCUUAUUCUUGUAUCCGGACUUUCUGGAACCACAGAAACUGCUCAAAGUCAGGUCUCUGUUGGAAUGGGAUUGCUUGCUGGGUCAACUGUCAUGCUUCUCACGGUGAUAUGGGGAACGUGUGUUAUUGUUGGCAGGUGUAAUCUUCAUGAUUCAGUUGCAGUAGACGGAACAAUUACAAAAGGAUUUAGCCUAACAGAGACUGGUGUCAGUACUGAUAUAUGGACUUGCUAUGCUGCAAGAAUAAUGGCUGUAUCAGUUAUCCCAUUUAUUAUUGUUCAACUACCACAAGUUCUAAAUUCAACUUCAGGAAGACACUUAGUAGUUUUGAUUGCACUUAUUGUAUCAGUCUCAAUGUUGGUUUCUUAUUGCCUUUAUCAGGUCAUUCAGCCUUGGAUCCAGAGAAGACGACUUGCUUUUGCAAAGCACAAACAUUUCAUAUCACAAAUCUUAGUUCAUUUGAAAAAGCAAGCUUUAGGAAAGCUUCUUACCGAUGAUGGUGAACCCAAUACUGAGAUUAUAAAAAAGUUGUUUGAGACAAUUGAUGAGAAUCGCGAUGGUAGUCUUUCACAUUCUGAACUGAAAGCAUUUAUGAUAGGAAUCCGUUUUGAAGAAAUAAACUUUGAUAAGGAUGAUGCUGUGAUAAAAGUAAUGGCAGAUUUUGAUACCUCCCAUGAUUCUGUUGUUCAGCCGGAGGAGUUUGUUAAAGGAAUCACAAAGUGGAUUAAUGAAGCAAAGCGAACUGGGGGUGCUUAUCUUGAACCUAAUUCUGGAACGUUUAAGUUUAUUGACCGAUUUUACCAGCAAACCAAGAGAGAACAUGAUUUGUUGGGGCCGGAGGAACAAAGUGAUGAGGUUGUUGAUCGCGUUGAAAACCCUGGGUGGAUCUCCUUCAAAGCUGUGCUAAUGUUACUGUUGGGUACCAUUAUUGCAGCUGCAUUUGCGGAUCCACUGGUUGAUGCUGUUGAUAAUUUUUCUGAUGCGACAAGCAUUCCGUCUUUUUUUGUCUCAUUUAUUGCAUUACCAUUGGCUACCAACUCUAGUGAAGCUGUAUCAGCCAUUAUCUUUGCUAGCCGCAAAAAGCAGAGGACUGCAUCUUUAACAUUUUCUGAGCUUUAUGGAGCAGUAACCAUGAAUAACGUCCUCUGCCUGUCAGUUUUCCUGGCACUUAUUUACAUCCGGGGAUUGACGUGGGACUUCUCAUCUGAAGUGUUGGUAGUUCUUAUUGUUUGCAUUGUGAUGGGUGCCUUUGCCAGCUUCCGCACCACUUUCCCUCUUUGGACAUGCUCGGUUGCUUAUAUCCUUUAUCCAUUUUCCUUGGCGCUCGUUUAUGUGCUUGAUUACAUCUUUGGUUGGUCAUAGGUUCAUAAAUGUGAUGACUAAUCUAGGAGGGUAGCAUGGCAGAUGCCACUCAAAUGAAACUAGAUUUCGGUUUCAAGAAGGUACCUGGGCUGGGAUUCGAGCCGAUUCUGGGGUAGCUUCAACAAGAUCAGACGCUUAUAGUCUUAUUCAUGUUGCUUCACGGCCCAAACUGCACCACUCCGCUCUGUGAAAAAAAAAAAAGAAAAGAACAAAAACAUGGAGAAAAGGGAGAAGAAGAAGAAGAUCAUGCAAGUUAAAGCUCAUUUUGUUGCGGUGGCUGAUAUUCCUAGAAACUUGGAACGAAAAGAAUAUCUUAUGAAGCUAGCGGAAUUGAAUUGCAUAGAGAAAAGAACUGCACUAGAAGCCACUGCCUUCAAUUAUUUUUUAACAAAACUACACAAAAUGUCUUUAUACAAUGUUGACUUCAAACGCUAGUCUUUGUUUAAUCAAAUUGGCAUCUAAAAUCA